AUGAUUGUGAUUGAUGGAAUCCCAUUCGUCCACAUCGUCAUCAGUUUCGGUCGUUUCACUUACUUAUCGAUUGACAUGGGCGGGAUGGAAUCCCUUAUACCGGUUGUGAAUAAAUUACAAGAUGUAUUUGCCACGCUUGGACGUCGAGAGGAUCAAAUUCAGUUGCCACAGAUCGUCGUCAUAGGAUCACAAAGUGCGGGAAAAAGCUCUGUGCUAGAGAACCUCGUGGGUCGCGAUUUUUUGCCCCGAGGAACAGGAAUUGUCACCAGAAGACCGCUCAUACUUCAUCUAGCUCACGUGCCAGUUGAUGAUGAACUGAGACGGAGAAAACCCGAUGGAACGAUGCUCAACGACGACUGGGCCAUGUUCGAACACACAAGUCGGAAGAUUUUCACCGAUUUUGAUGAAGUCCGGAAGGAAAUCGAGGCUGAAACUGAUAGGCUUACUGGUUCCAAUAAGGGUAUUUCUCCUGUUCCGAUAAUACUCAGGAUAUACUCGAAAAAUGUAGUGAACUUAUCACUGGUUGAUCUGCCUGGAAUUACGAAAAUUCCUGUUGGAGACCAACCUGCUAACAUCGAGGAGCAAAUUCGCGAAAUGUUACUUUCGUACAUUUCUAACCCUUCGUCGAUCAUUCUAGCAGUGACUCCAGCUAAUCAAGAUUUCGCUACAUCUGAACCUAUAAAAAUGGCACGCGAAGUAGAUCCUGAGGGUCAGCGUACGUUGGCUGUCUUAACAAAAUUGGAUUUGAUGGAUCAAGGAACUGAUGCAAUGGAUGUUUUGAUGGGCAAAGUUGUUCCUGUUAAGUUGGGCAUAAUUGGUGUUGUUAACCGCUCUCAGCAAGCAAUCAUUGACAACAAACCUAUCUCUGACGCUGUGAAAGAUGAGCAAUCAUUUCUUCACCGCAAGUACCCCACACUUGCAAGUAGAAAUGGAACACCUUACCUCGCUAAGAAGUUGAAUUUGCUACUCAUGCAUCAUAUUCGCAAUUGUCUACCAGCACUCAAAGCACGAGUUUCUAUAAUGCACGCUCAAUGUCAGGCUGACCUUCAAGCGUUUGGAGAACCAGUCGAUGACAAAAGCAGAACCCUUCUUCAAAUAAUUACGCGAUUCGCUACAGCAUAUACUUCAACAAUUGAGGGAACCGCCAGAAACAUCGAAACUACGGAGCUUUGUGGUGGAGCCCGAAUUUGCUUCAUCUUUCAUGAAACAUUCGGGAAGUCUCUAGAAUGUGUGAAUCCGCUUGAAAAUCUUACCGAAAUGGAUAUUCUCACGGCAAUAAGGAAUGCUACAGGCCCACGACCUGCUUUAUUCGUUCCUGAAGUCGCAUUUGAGUUGUUGGUGAAGCGCCAAAUCCAGCGCCUCGAGGAACCCAGCCUGCGAUGUGUGGAGCUGGUUCACGAAGAAAUGCAACGGAUGGUCAAACAUUGUGGUCUGACAACACAGCAAGAAAUGCAGAGAUUCCCUCGGCUCUAUGACAAGAUAAAUGAGGUUGUGAGUGGAGUACUGAAAAGUCGUCUCCGACCCACUAAUGAAAUGGUGGCGAACCAGGUGGCCAUUGAGCUUGCCUACAUUAACACAAGACAUCCGGAGUUUGUUGGGGAAGCUAACAAAACUCUGGUAAAUGCAGAGGAAAUGAUAUCAGACAGAGGUAGAACUAGGCAAAGAGCUGGUUCGGUAGGGGAGAGAGCAUCAAGCGCCAAUUCCGAGCAGGGACCAUAUGUGGUUCGUAUGCGCGAUGGGCAUGAAGCUGUGUUUCCGAGCGCUUCUACAACGAGCAUCGACCGCCGAGCGAUUAAAUCAGUUCACUUCCCGAAUUACAGCUUACUCAAGGAGAUGGUGAAUGCAGUGCCACUACAACUUAGCGGCGAUUCUCCGUCCAAUGGCAUACCAAAGCCUCAAAUAAUGAAUGGGGAGACCAAGAAGUCUUCGUCGUGGUGGUUUGGAAAAUCGAAUGCCCAGGAAUCACCUGAAGUUCCAAAGAAUCCUGCUGUCAUUUUGCCGGAAGUCCCAGAGAAGCCACUUGCUCGUCAACUAACGCGUAAUGAACAGAAGGACUGCCUUAUCAUUGAGCGGUUGAUUCGGAAGUAUUUCAUGAUCGUGCGGAAAAAUGUGCAAGAUAGCGUACCGAAAGCAAUAAUGCACUUUUUGGUGAACUACGUCAGGGAUAACCUUCAGUCCGAAUUAGUGCGACAAUUGUACAAGCCAGAUUUAUUGGAAGAUUUGCUUGCUGAAACAGCAGACAUGGCUCAGCGUAGGAAAGAAACCCUAGAAACGAUGAAGGCCCUCAACCAAGCAAGUUUGAUAAUUAGCGAAGUGCGAGAAACCCAACUAUGGUAG